AUGGCCUUUGAUGAAGAAGAAUUGCUGAUUAUGAUCAAGAUCGCCGAGCAACGUCCCGCCCGCCCGUCCAACGCAGCAACGCCCGUGGGCGCGCACCCUAAAAGUACGGCCCGGCGCAGGACGGCGGCGGCGGCGGCGGCGGCGGCUGCGCGCACGAUCGAGCAGCCGUUCGUGGUCCCGUACGCGGUCGCCAAGCACGACUGGACGCUGGACUGGUACUUCCACCCGCCCUUCUCCAUCGCCAAGCCCGGCGCCACCAUCUUCGUCGGCACCGUCAGCAUCGUACACUCGCUGUGCCACAUCCCGCACCUGCUGAUGUACCGGCGGCUCGGCAUGUUCACGGCCUUCUGGAGCAUCGUCGGCCUGGGGCUCAUACUCGGAGCCAUACUGGAGGACGAGUGGCUGUACGACAUCUGGAUCUGGUACUCGUGCGUGUACGUGCCCGUGAUGCUGGUCACCAUGUACGUGGUGCUGACGGGCGCCGUGUGGGCGCUGCACCUGCAGCCGCUGCGCGCCGUCUUCGCCACCGUCGCCAUCAUCUUCUACCUCUUUAUGUUCUACUGCAUCGUAUACGUGAUGAGCGAAAAAAGAAAAAUAUUUACGACGACAACGACGUCGGUGAGAACGACAACGACGUGUUCGUGGUGCCCCACCUGCACCACGCAGAAGUGCACCACCCCCCCGCCCAAGACCACCAAGGCAUCGGUCCACCGCUCCGGGCUGCGCCUCAUCCAGUACCUCGGCGACCGCGUGUGACGGCGCGCGGCUCCGGCGCGGCGCGGCGCGGCCACUGCGCACCGGCAACUUGCCUACAAAAACUAAC